CCAUCUGCCUCCGUUCUGAGUGUGUAGACUUCAUGGCCAUCUGCGACAAUAUAUGCCUCAUCAAUCAAAUUAAACUUCGCAGCGGGUUCUUGGUAGGCGCACUGAACGCAUCCGGACACCUCCGUCUGUCCUCGCUUGUGUGCAAUGUGCACCUCUCAGCUAUCGGCCCAGUCAGAGAUCGAUAUCGCCAGGCCUGAUCCGUACCCAGCGCCGCCUGGCUCCGCUUCAGGCAGUCUUCAGCCUGCUUCUAGCUUUGACAAUCCCGCGGACGACCUGCUCGGAGACCAUGGGAGUCUUCUCUUUCGCAUAUCUGCAUCGUAACGGCGCCCCGGCCGUUUGUCUCCUGCCUUUUAAAUAAAGCGCGAGUCUUGAACAGUUCCCUCAAUGCUCUUCUCCUUACGACCAACUUCACGACUAUUAACUCAUUGAAUCAUGGGCAUCUCAGUAGACACGGCCGAACUUCUCGAUCUCUUCCUUGAAACUUUCGCUUUUGGCAUAUUCCUUACGCUCAGCUGUAUCACCAUACCCGCUCUCGGCUGGUCCCGCAGAGAUUGCUCUCGACCGGCAAGAUUCCUCCUCCCUGUCGCUUGUUUUAUGCUUGUUAUAGGGACUGCACAUGUCAUCAUCCAAUUUAUCCGGGUCUUGCGAUUCUUCCAUCACCCAGACGGAUACCCAGAGAAUAGUUCGGUUGGAUAUUUCGAGAAUGUAGCUGAUCCCCUGUUCAUUGCCAAAUCUGUACUUUAUGGGAUUCAGACCCUACUCGGCGACAGCGUCAUUAUCUGGCGCUGCUAUAUCGUGUAUGACAAGCGCUUAAUCCUGGUUGCUCUCCCUCUUCUUUUCACGAUUCCAGCCUUAAUCGCAGGGGUACUCAUUCUUAAUAUAAUGUCGCACCUUUUACGUGCCGAUUUGCCAGACAUCGUGAACGAUGGCCAAAAAGGGCAGUUUACGAAAUGCCUCACCAUCUACUUUGUCAUGACGCUGUUGAUCAACAUUUACUGUACCGGUGCGAUUAUCUGGCGUAUAUAUUCGACCAGCCGCUUCCAACGCUUUUUUGGCAAGCUGCGUCCGACCGUCAUCAUCCUGGUAGAGAGCGGCGCGCUCUACACGUCCAGCAUCAUAGCUUACCUGUGCACCUACCUCUCAAGCCCGACCAGCGCCGGCCAAUGGGCCGCCCUCGACAUCAUCACCCCGCUCGUGGGCAUCGUGUUCUGCCUGAUCAUCCUCCAGGCAAAGUUCCACCCCGGAAGCUGGGCGCUGGACACGGAGCCCGACUUCAUAGACACGACCUCGCCCGGCGUCGGGCACUGGAACGCGCGCGGGUCGCUCGGGAACAUGGGCGGCGUCGACGUCGGGUCCGCGCCCACCACGGGCCGCCCACGGACGUCGAUCGCGCUGGAGUUCAGCAUCCGCGAGCCACAAAAGCGGGACGAGCGCGAGGUGGACUGCGGGGAAUCCUCCGGCCACUAUUCUUUAUGACGCGAGGAUGAAUGAUACUCACUGCCCAUACACGACGAAUGACGACUGUACAAGAGGUUGCCAGGACGGAAGCCCGUGUGUAUGAGUAUUUACACGCAUGUAAUCUAUUAUCUCGAGGACAGUACGAAAUGCCCAUUAUGACCAUGCC